AUGCUAACUGAAUGGUGCGCUAGUAUCAAUGGGUGGACCAUGGCAAUUGUGGUCAUAUUGUUAUUUCUGUUACUUUAUUGGUCACAGCAGUGGCCAUCAAACAUCCCACCAGGCCCGACUGGGUACCCAGUAGUGGGAUGUUUACCACUAGUACGGAGAAAUGGACUGAAGAACACGUUGCGGAAACUCCGUAUUGAAUAUGGAGAUGUUUUCAGUAUAAAGUUAGGACAGACUCUAAUUGUUGUUAUAAACGGUGUGGAUGCUUUGAAGGAGGCCUUUAUAAAGCGGGCAGAAGAUUUCUCUGAUCGCCCAGAUACAUACCGCAGUGCAACCCUUAUCAAAAGCAAAGGUAUUGUACAGGCGUCCGGUCAACACUGGAAACAUACAAGGACUUUUGCCUUAGGUGCUCUUCGAGAAUUCGGGUUCGGAAAAAAAUCUCUGGAGGAUCGUGUCAUGGAAGAAAUAAGAAUAUUUCUUGAAGUGAUGUCAGAACAAAACGGGAAGGUUUAUGAUCCGAAAAAUAUUAUUCAAAUUAGUAUUUCAAACAUUAUAUGCAACAUUGUGUUUGGUAAAAGAUUCGAACACGGUGAUACCAAAUUCUGGCAUCUUAUUGAACUCCUAGAAGACGUAUUCCGAUUAAACCGUGCAGGAACUCUUGCUGCUAACAUACCCUGGCUAAGAUACCUACCAGGGGAUUUUUUCAACAUUAAAAAAAUUCGUAACAAUUUCUAUGAAUCAAUUAAUUACAUGCAGCAACAGAUUAUCGACCAUAGAAAUACUUUUGAUCCCGAAAAUCCAAGAGAUUUCAUUGACGUUUUCAUAAAGGAACAGAGUAGACAGGAUCCAGAUAAUACGGUUUUUGAAGACUUUAAUUUACAAGUGACACUCCUGAAUUUAUUCGUGGCUGGUACGGAAACCACGACCACGACGAUAAGAUGGACAAUUCUACAGUUGAUAUACAACCAGGACAUCCAGCGCCGACUUCGCCAGGAGAUAGAUCACGUGGUCGGUCAUUCUAGAUUCCCUACUCUUGAAGACAGGCAGAAUAUGCCGUAUUACGAGGCAGUGAUAACUGAAGCCCUGCGCUUUGGGAACAUUGCCCCACUAAGCGUUCCUCACGGAGCAAGAAAGGACUUUGAGUUCAGGGGGAUGGCCAUACCGAAAGGAUGUACAAUUUUAGCCAAUUUAGAUUCUGUUCAUUUCGAUCCAAACAUAUUUAAGGAUCCCACUAAAUUUAACCCGGAAAGAUUUAUAGGAGAAGAUGGAAAGCUUAACGGAAAGGAGAAGUUUGUGAUGGCAUUCUCCUUAGGACGCCGGAUAUGUCUCGGAGAACCGUUGGCUAGAAUGGAACUGUUUCUGUUUGUGACGUCACUGAUACAGAGAUUCGAACUACUUCCGGAAUAUCCAGACAACAUGCCUACUGGAAUACCCAACAUUGGCAUACCAUCGGGUCCACCAAACUACAGAAUCAAAGCCGUCAAAAUUAACUAA